AAGAGGGGGUGCUUUCUUUUUCUGAUUUUCAUCUUGUAAGAAACAACACCUUGCGUUGCGUUGCCGAAUCAGGACGACAAAAUGGAAAGAUGCUGACAGAUGUGACCGCCAGCAGUCGCGGCGGCGGUUGCGCUGGCUGGCGGUCGCCAGGAACCCUCCGCUCACAAGUGAAAAAGCUGCUGGAGGUGUCAGCACUUCCUGAGAUUUCCAUACAUGACCGGCAGAACAAACUCGCGUCGGGAGGCCGAGGAGGUCCUGCCGCUACUGGCGCUCGAGGCCGGCUCGUCCGUCCACGACAAGGCGUACGACCAGGGCAAACCCACGGACAGUGAUCAAACGCCGUACCAGCGCGCGGGCUAUGUGUCCUACGCGCUUAAGCCGGGCCCCAGCGGCAACCGACGACAACUCACCGCCACGUACGGCUCCAUGCCUGCAGGCUCAACCAGGAAGAGCGGCAUCCCCGUGGCCCCGAGACCGACCGAAUCAGACGCGCUUCUUGGCGGUAGCGACCAACACAGCAACCAGAGCGAAACGGAGAGUGAUAGUGACGGCAGCUGCACGGCCAGCAGCAACGGAGGCUCGCUUCAGUCCAUUCUGAGAAUCCCCUCGGCCGAUUUCUCGUGCCGUAGCCUCAAGAAACAGGCCUCCGUCGAGUUCGCGCUGGACAUCGACAGCGACGAGGAUGAAAACACCAAGCGGAGGCUCGACGGCUCGUGUUCCACGCGCUGCAUGCCGCGCCGCCUCACUAUCGAGGAGAAGACGGCGCUUUACCGCGUGCGUCCCGACCUGGAGCUUGUCCCCACAGUGGUCUUGCUCUCGGAACUUGAGGAGAUGCGGCGACGGCGUCAGCGCAAACUCAUGUUCUCCAUCCUGGGCGCGUCGCUUAUUCUGCUCAUGAUGAUCGUCUUCUACUACCUCGUCUCUCAAAUGUAACGUGAAUGUUAAUCUUCUACGAAGAAGGUUCACACAGGGGCCGGCCGGCUGCAUCGAAGACGCAGGCACGCCCACUGUAUGCUUUUUUUUAAUUAACCCCUAGAUAAAUACAUUAGAAGAAACUGUCGACGUACGACAUAUUCCACCUACGAACGACGCUUUGCGCCGUUGACACAACGCGCUGCACAGAUAUCGUUGCCGACAACUUGCUGUUUAGAUGCUUACCACUUGGAUGCUUACCACCAGUACAUCGAAACAAACACACACAGAAACACAACGCCGUCUACGGCCCAUGCUUUUUCAUGCGGUCUGGCUCGUGCAGUUAACAAACCAAAUUUAUCGUUCGCAAUAAAAAUUAUACCUUUGGU